AUGAUCAAUAUGGCUAAUGAUUUGCUAACAACUGAAGUCAAAAUGAAUAGUAAUGAGACAGUAAGAAUAAAAUCAUCAUUAUUACCAAAUGAAGAUGAUUGGGAAACAGCGAUUGAUAGUGGCGAAUUUGAUAAACGUAUUGAACAACAAGAAAAGGCAAGAAAAAAAGAACAACAGAAUGAAGUAUCCACGGUGGCUAGAAAUAAUCAGCAAAAUAACGACCAAUCAUCUGGCAUCAAACCUUCAAAAAUUGGUUCAAAUGGACCAGUACGCAUUCUGAAACGACCACCUAGUCAGCCACAAAUAAAUGGAGUUCAUAUAACCACUGCCUCAACCAAUAAUAACAGUAAUAAUAACGUAACAUCGCAAACAAACUCAGUAGCACUUUCAUCUCCCAACAAUUCUCCCGUUAUUUCUAUUAUUCGUAAUACAGUGAAAAACAACUCAUCUCAUCCAUCCUCUACUACAACAUUCACAAAUUCAAAAACGCCAGCGAUUAAAACAUAUGAACAACGUGAAUUAGAAUAUCGUCUAGCUCGAUUAAGGAUUAUGGGAACGGAACAAGAUGAAAAUGAUGAACAAGAGGAAAAGGAAUUAUCUCUUGGAAUAUCGACAGAUGAGACGAAUAGAAACAACAAUAGUACUACACGAACUAAACCACAAACACAAGCAAUUGGUCAAUCGCAUUCAACACCGGGCAGUUAUGCAUCAAAUUUAUUCCAAUUAAAUAAUGGCACAACCGUCAAUCUCAUACCAACACAAUUACCGACAAUCACUAACACUACUACUUCAAAUAAUUUUCUUCCACAACAUCAUUAUUCAAUACCAUAUCAACCAGCAACAACAAUGACAACACUCUAUUUAACUUCAACAGCUCCCUUCAUUACUUCUUCAAUUUCUAACACACAAGUAACACAAACUUGGCAACAUAGACAACAAUAA